UCGGCUGUGUUGAGAGCAGUGAGGUUUGUGUGCGCUGACAGCCCUGACCCCCCCCCACCCCACGUGUCCAAAUCUGCCCUGGGGGGAGCUGAGCGCUCCUCACCUUUAAACAAAUCCUUUGUGCUGCGGUUGUUUGGGGCUGAAGGGCUGAAACGUUCCCCCCCCCCCUUUGGUCAGAAGGGUGCACAGCUGGAGUUGGUGGCACCUUCCAGGCAACGCCGUGCUGCUUCCAGAGCUGUUUGUUGACAAAGAGCCGCUGUUUCAUGUGAUGUGGGGACAAUGAGGGACAAUGGAGCAGAAAUCUGCUGAGCGAGGCGCUGCUGGGGGGGCUGGGGGUCCUCAUGGGUUCUUAUUGGAGUCACAGAGGGGGGUGGUGGGUGAUGGGCUGAGCGCCUUUUGCUGCGAGGUGUGCGUGGAUUCUGUGUGUGCAGCACGAGCGGGGGGUUGGUAUUAAAGGAGAGCAGGAGCUGUGAGUGCCCAGCCCAGCACAGCCCGUCCUGAACGCAUGGACAACAAAGAGAAAAUAAUCCAACAAAGCAAACAAAAGGGGUGAGCUUCGCCCAGACUGACUCUGAAUUUUCAGUGGCGUUGGUUGAAUCUGGAGCAGAUCGUGAUCUGGAUUUCAUGUGGGGUUUCCUGUGCUUCCCAGAGCACAGCGGGUGAGAGGGGAGACGGGGGGAGGACAGAAGGGGAGCAGCUUUGAGCUCCUCCAGCCUCUGCUUCCCAUCGCUUCCUGCACCUGUUCUGACCUCACACACCUGCCUGGGGUGCACACAACUCAGGCACUCAGAUCCCCCCUCUCUCCCAGUGCUGUUUUCAGAGCAGAGCAGCUGUUUGUGCCACAGCACAGACCCAGGAGCAGUGCUGGGUACCAGGCCUGGGGCUGGGAGUGUGAGCAGCGCUGCCCUGCGAUGCGCUGAGCCACGUCGUCAGCCCGGAGUAAUUACAGCUGUUUUAUUUCCAUGCUGUGAGCAAUACGUGUAAGUCUCCACUACAUCCUCAAACAAAAGCAAAACAAAACACACACACACAAAAAAAAAACCAGCAGCAGCCGUCCCGGCUUCCUGCAGGAGCCUUCGAAACCUCCAAUUAACUGCAGCUGAAUUGGGCUGCGGAGCAUUUAUGGGGCAGUUUGUGCUGUGGAAAAAGAAAAGCUGUGGGAGGGAGUGGGAGCCGUGCAGAUUCCAUCCUUGGGACGGAUGCAUCCUCAGCUGGGAUUUAGGAUGCUGACUUUGGGAGGACUCUGACCAGGCUGGCGCAGCUCCUGGGGCUCGCUUGACUUCAGGGCUGCCCUGGGACGAGGUAAGCUGUGAGCAGGAUGGGGAGCUCAAAAUGCUCUGGAAUCGAAUUGCCUCUUAGUAACGAGUGCUGUCUGCAUUCAGGGUUAUGUCAGUUUCCCUAAUCCCAUCUGGAGUGCAGGGCUCCCAUCUCCACGUGCUUCCCGUGUUUCCGUUUUGGGGCUCUUUGUUUGCUGUGCUCCAGUCUGGGCUUUGUGGCAGUGCUGGGGCUGUGUGAGCAGAGCACAGCAGGAGCAGGGUGUGUAACUGGGCAUCCCACAGCAUCUGCUUGCUGGGAGAGAAGGAAUGGAGCAGAACCCAUCGUGUCUGACAAGUGGCAAAAGAGAAGAGAAAGCCCUGCUGAGGUGAAGGCAGUGUGGGGCUCGUGGGUCAGAGCAGCUUUCCUACAGCAGGGAGGUGGAGGGGGGCAGUGGGGAGGGCAGUCAGUGCUCAAAGUUGGGGUGGGGGUCUGGAAGCUGAGCGUUUCCCUGCUCUCCUAUUUGUCAUCCCCAUUGUGUUGCCUCGUGCUGUGCUUUGCUGUAAGCCCACACUCCUGAAAGCAGCAGAGAAGUAACCAAAGUUCCUACAGGAUCCAUCUGCAGAUGAGUGGUUGGGCAGUGGAGAUAAGGAGUGGUGAAUGUAACCUGGUGGCUCCACCUGUGGCACUCAUUGAGCAGCUGAGCUGCAAACAGCCGGGGGGGUUUGGGAGGGGGUUGGGGGCUGCAGGAGGGUCGGGUGCAGCUCAGCUGCCCGGUGCUCCCUUCUGUGCUAUGGGGCAGGUGGUGUUUGGGGAGCAGUGUUGGGAAACGAGCUGCCUUCUCUUUAUCAGCACGGAAACCAACCUGGGCUGCUUUUCAUUUGCAUCCUUUUGUUCGGUGGGGUUGGGGCGGGUUUCGGCCUCCCGGUGCUUUGUGCCCCGCCGUAAUUAGGGAGAGCUUUACGAGCCAUGGAUUAAAUGAGCAGCUGUUCGACCUCGCAGUGUCACCUGCAGGAGCUGCCUGUGUCGCAAGUGUGGGCUGUUUGUUCCCAGCUGGGAUCAUUGGGCAAGAGAAGAGGGGGAGAACCACAGGGUCAUUAAGGUCAGGGGAAAAAAGCCCUCAGACCCCCAUGGCCAACCCUGGUCUGUCCCACUGUGCCCACUUACCCAAGUGCUGGAACAUCUGUGGGCACAGUGAUUUUCCCCCCGUGCUGCUGCUGGCUGCUCUUAGGAUGCUCAGCCUGACCUCCCAGCCCCGUGCCACUGUUGGGUUUGGCCGUGCUGUGCCUCCCAGCCUGCCCAACAGGCACAGGGCUGGCCUGCGUGUCGCCAUGCCUUGUGCUGGUUUAGAUACCAGUCUUAAUUGGGGCCCAGGCUCUGCUGCCUAAUUACUGUUUUCACUGCUGGAUCGCCUUGCCUGGGAUUGCGCUUGAGUCACUGCAUUGGGAAAGCUGAUGCGACGCGCAGCAGAGCCGGUCCCACCUGGGCCAUCCCACACCCAUUGCAGGUGGGGUGAGGAUGUGUCCGUGAGGAUCUGCGCCCAUAGCAUCACCAUCAUCAUCAUCAUCAUCAUUGGCAGUCAGAGCCGGAUGUGAGCCCAGCACAGCAACUGGAGGCCGUGGAAAGAGGCAGCACCGCUUUGAAUCAGAUCUGAUGGGUGAUGAAAAACCCUAUGGCCCAAACGCUGGGGGCUUUUGAUGGAGCUAAAAAAGAAAAAGCAGCACAAAAAUACUGGGUUAAAUAAAAAACGCAAAAUAAUGGGUGCUCAGGACUGCGUUUGGUGGCAGCACGGGGCGGUCCUUGUGGUUCCCAUUGGGUUCCCUGUGUGGUUUGUGUGAGGCACUGUGUGCCCUCUGCAGGGGGAGAGCUGUGCCCUUAUGGGCUGCUGCAUCUCAGUGUGCCCUACAAUCCCACUGCUCCUUCUGACUUUGUUACGGAUGCAGCCCGUGGUUGGGCUGCAGGAAGGGAGCUCCUCACCCCAUCCCUCCACGCAGAGCUGCUCCGAGGCAGAUGAAGCAGCGGUGUGAUGGUGUACGUUGGGCACAUCACACACAGAGCUAUUUUUAGGGAUAUUAAGCCCAUAAUCAGCCUGGCCGGUCAGGAGCCGAUUCUCUUCUCCUCUCCCUGCUUAGUCACACCAGGGUCAGUGGUGCCACAGAGGUGCACACAGCAGCAGCGGGGCUCCGUGGCAUCCAUGCACAGCCCUCACUGUAAGGCUGCAGGAAACCCCUAUGUGCACAGGCAGCUGCUGCUCUGCACCCUGUGGGGACGUUCCCUGCUCCCACCGUGGCUCUGUGCAUCUCUGCUGGGAGCAGAGCUGAGCCCAAAUACCCAAAGCACACUGGGGUGCAGCACAGCCAAGGCUGAAUCCACGUUGAUGUUUCUGAUUCUUCCAUUUCAGAGCAGCAAAAGAUUCUUUCUGAGCUGGGGAGGUGGAUUUGUGACACAUCUCCGUGCGGGCUGGGUGGGGAUGUAAGAGGCAAAGCAUGCAGCUGUUCUUGUAAUCCCUAAUUUAUAAUGGCAAUUGUUGGCCCUCCACCUUUCCUUGCUUAAAAACAAAUUCCAGAAUGCGUUAUUUACCCUCUAAUGAUCGCAGCCCACUUUUUGAUUACUCAAUUUCCCGUGGCUGGAAGCAGUUGUGCAGGGUUGGGACAGGGGGGUGCUGAGCAUCUCCCCAUUCACCCUUCCCCCAUUGACCCACAGAGGGUCUGCGUUGGGUGCAGUGUUCCAUCCAGUCAUGGUCCCUCCUGAGAGUCUGAUAACUCAUGCACAGAGUUUCCCUUGAGCACAUUGGUUGGGCUGUCCCAGCAGCUCCCUCCCUGCAGUGCAGCAGGUUUUGUUUCCACGAGGAAAAUGUAUGGCCAACCUGCUGUUGUUCUUCUUCUUACAGAUGUUCUCAAACAAUGAUGAAGCUGUGAUCAACAAGAAGCUUCCCAAAGAGCUGCUGCUGCGAAUUUUCUCUUUCCUGGACGUGGUCACCCUGUGUCGCUGUGCUCAGGUCUCCCGGGCAUGGAAUGUUCUGGCCCUGGAUGGCAGUAACUGGCAGCGAAUUGACCUGUUUGAUUUCCAGAGGGAUAUUGAGGGCCGAGUGGUGGAGAACAUCUCGAAGAGGUGUGGGGGGUUCCUGAGGAAGCUGAGCCUGCGUGGCUGCCAGGGAGUUGGGGACAACGCACUGAGGACGUUUGCACAGAACUGCAGGAACAUCGAAGUGCUGAACCUGAACGGCUGCACCAAAAUCACAGAUGCCACGUGCACCAGCCUCAGUAAGUUCUGCUCCAAGCUCCGGCACCUCGACCUGGCAUCCUGCACCUCCAUCACCAACCUGUCCCUGAAGGCUCUCAGCGAGGGCUGCCCGCUGCUGGAGCAGCUCAACAUCUCCUGGUGUGACCAAGUGACCAAGGAUGGUGUCCAGGCACUGGUGAGGGGCUGCGGGGGCCUCAAAGCGCUGUCCCUGAAGGGCUGCACACAGCUCGAGGACGAAGCUCUCAAAUACAUCGGUGCAAACUGUCCUGAAUUGGUGACAUUAAACCUCCAGACGUGCUUACAAAUAACAGAUGAUGGUCUCAUUACAAUAUGCAGAGGAUGCCACAAGCUGCAGUCGCUGUGUGCCUCGGGCUGCUGCAACAUUACAGAUGCCAUCCUGAACGCCCUGGGACAGAACUGCCCGAGGCUCAGAAUAUUAGAAGUCGCCAGGUGCUCCCAGCUGACAGAUGUGGGCUUCACGACUCUGGCCAGGAACUGCCACGAGCUUGAAAAAAUGGACCUGGAGGAGUGUGUCCAGAUAACAGACAGCACGCUAAUCCAGCUCUCCAUACACUGUCCACGGCUCCAGGUUCUGAGUUUGUCCCACUGCGAGCUGAUCACGGACGAUGGCAUUCGCCACCUGGGGAACGGCGCCUGCGCCCACGACCGCCUGGAGGUGAUCGAGUUGGACAACUGCCCCCUGAUCACCGACGCUUCCCUGGAGCACCUGAAGAGUUGCCACAGCCUGGAGAGGAUAGAGCUGUACGACUGCCAGCAGAUCACGCGGGCGGGGAUCAAGAGACUCAGGACCCAUUUACCCAACAUUAAAGUCCACGCCUACUUCGCGCCGGUGACACCACCUCCGUCGGUCGGGGGCAGCCGACAGCGUUUCUGCAGAUGUUGCAUCAUCCUAUGACACUGGAAGCAGCCAUCCCUGCAAACUGAGUAUUUAAUUACACCUCUAGAGUGAUGGUGGACAGCUGUACCUUCGAGGAGGGCGAUGCAGUGUCGUUUGCAAGGGGCAGCCAGCGGGCAGCAAUGCCAGCCCCUGUAGCCACCCAUACGCAUCCAUAUUCACACCCCACCUGUUCCAGGAUGAACUCUGCGGUCUGGAGCUGGAGCUCUGUUGGCUUUUCUGUAGGUGGAUUGGUAUCAUUCUGAACCAUUCCUGCUGGGCAUGCUCAGACGAAGUCAUUGCAAUGAGGAGGGGAGAUGUUUGCAAACCCAAAACGACUGUUGCUGCUGUAGAGGUUAGAGAAGUAAUUGCAACCCUUGGAAAUAGGGAGAGAAAGGGACGUGCUUUAUCCCUGCAUCCGUUGUCCAGGUGAAAAAACAAAAAGGCAAAGAAACAAACUGACAGCCCCCAAGCUGUGUGUCCGUUUCUGAGUGAGGGGAUGGAGGAGCAGCAGCGUGUGAGAUGUGAGCCCCCCUGCUGACCCCCUGAGCAUGCUCACAUCGGAGGUUCAGCUGUUGCUUCUGUGUCCCAUAGCAUCCAGUUCAGAGGCUGCGGAGGUGGUUAUGCUGUAGCUUGGGAUCUGUACCAUCAGGCUCUGGUUUUGCCCUUCCCACACCCCACUUUUUGGUUUUUGGUUGUUUUUUUUUUUUCCCUUCUUCUUUUUUCUUCCUGAUUGUUAUUUGGUAACUUUGAGAUUUACCAAAUCAAAAAAAGUUUAGGGAAACCCAUUUAAAUUUUUUUUUUUUUUUUUUUUUUAACUGCUGGCAGCCUGAGCCUGCAAUGAGCUGAUGGAAAAACUGAUUGGAAUUCCAGGUUUUCUCCCAGUGAUGAGAACGUAACUCUUUGCUGUAGGGGACAAGCUAUAGCCUCUGCUCCAGCGCUUCUGCUGCCCUUUCCCUCCAAUCCCUCACCCCCUUCCCGUGAGGAAAAUAAACACAGAACCUUUUUGCUGGUUGUCCUGGUCAAGAGCUGCUGACUCUCUGUGCCCGUGGAGCAGGAGGAGCAGCAGGGCCAGCCGCAGCUCGUCGCCGAUCGCUGUCCUGUUGUGCAGCAGCGCUGGGCAGUUCUGCUGCAUUGCCCACAGGUAAGUGCUGCCCUGGAAGAACCACCUGGAGGCAGAGAGGCUGCACUGUGCCCCUCGCAGCAGUCGGGCUGUGCUGGGAGCAGUGGUGGUUUGGGUGAGGUUGAUGCAGGGGCAGAACGCAGGGGUGCCAUGGGGCAGAGCAUGGCCAGAGCAGAGCAGGUUGGUGGGGAUGAGCUGAGGGGUCCAUCACGGCUCUGUUCCUGCUGCCUGCAUCCCGGGAUGGAAGGGAGAGGGCACAUUUAUGGGAUGGAUCUCACCUGAGAGGAGCGGGUCUGGUAAGCAGCUGAGCUGCCCACAGCCCUGGGAGCGGGGCUUCACCUUCCUGCUGCAGGUUGAUAUGGGAGGGCUGCCUGUGUGGCCCCAGGGGUUGCAGCUUUUGGCUGCGGGUUUGCCCUGAGGACAGAGCCACCCCAAGGGCUGUACAGCAGCUGUCUCCCCUUCCCCUCCAACUCAGAUUCCCCGACCCGUCGGUGCGCAUUUAACGCCUCGCAGAUGCACUGACUGGUGGGAGGAAACCCAACGUAUGCUGUGUUUAAAAGGAUACUGUCAAUUCCUUUCCUAUAGAUGGCUUUUAAUGCAUUCUAUUUAUUCAUAUCCGUGGAUUCUCUCUCCUCGGUGAGCAUGCUCCUAUACUUCACCUGCAGAACUCCUUCCUCCAGUUUUCAGGGUGGCAGAUGAUGGCCGAGGGGUCCCACCAGUGAUGGGUGUUGGUUUGCACAGCUCUGGCAGAGCACUCAGCUCAUGCUGAGGCACAAGAGAGCCAAAACUGAUUUAUGAGCCAGGGUGUGGUUGACGGACUGAUUUCUUUUAACAGGUUUGAGUUUAAGAGAUAACUCAGAGUAUAGAACCCAAAGCUUUGUUUGUUUUCAAACAGGGUAACAGCGUAAGGUAGCUCAAACUACUUGACAGUGUCCUUUUAAGUCAAUUAUCCGUCUCUAAAUGGACUCUUCCUUAUGUUUGUAUUUAUAAAUAAAUACCAAUAAAGACCAUUUUCCAAA